AAAAAGCAAAAUGGAGUCGACAAAGUCAAGAUUUCAGGGUUGCAGUUAAAUCUGCUUGUGUUCGUUGAAUUUACAUUAAAAAGCAAACCAUUUACCAUUGAUAUAUUUAAUGCAAUUUAAAAUGAGACUUGGAACGUUAGUUUUACAGCAACUAGAGGACGAGCCUCCUCUGGUUCAGGCUUGUUUCCACGGUGACCCUGAUGAAGUGAGGGCUUUGUUGUACAAGAAAGAAGAUGUUAACUAUCAGGAUUGUGAGAAGAGAAGCCCAUUGCAUUCUGCUGCAUACUGCGGAGAAGCUGAAAUCGCAGACCUCCUUAUUCUGAAUGGAGCACGUGUGAAUACAAAGGACAACAAAUGGUUAACUCCAUUACACAGAGCUUGCUGUUCAAAAAGUGAGGAGACUGUGAAAACCCUUCUGAAACACCAGGCUGAUGUGAAUGCACGUGACAAGAAUUGGCAGACACCACUGCACGUGGCUGCAGCUAAUAAUGCAGUGCGAUGUGCUGAGGCAUUGAUUCCACACCUGACCAAUGUAAAUGUAUCGGAUAGGGGUGGACGUACAAGUCUUCACCAUGCUGCUUUCAAUGGUCAUAAAGAGAUGAUAAAAUUAUUAUUGGACCAAGGAGCUACCAUAAAUGCUUUUGAUAAGAAGGAUCGACGAGCCAUUCACUGGGCAGCCUACAUGGGACAUGUAGAGAUUGUACGAACGCUUGUUGACCAUGGCGCAGAAUUGAACUGCCAAGAUAAACAGAUGUAUACCCCACUUCAUGCAUCUGCGUCGAGUGGUCAAGUAAGCGUAGCCAAGCUCCUGUUAGAGUUAGGGGUCGAGGUAGACGCUGUUAACUGCUAUGGUAAUACAGCCCUACAUGUAGCGUGUCAUAAUGGCCAAGAUGUUGUGGUACAGGAGUUAUUGGGUUAUGGAGCCCAGAUUGACGCUGUAAAUAAUAUGGGUCUGACUCCGUUACAUUAUGCCGCAGCUUCUACCCAUGGUGGUAUAUGUCUAGAGAUACUAGUGUCAGAAGGUGCCUCUACCAAACUACAGUGUGAUGACGGGAGAACGCCGUUACACAUGACUGCCUUGCAUGGACGGUUUACUCGAGCCCAAACCCUUAUUGAGCAUGGUCUGCUGGCAGAUGUUAGGAAAUAUGUUCACAACUUAGGAGCUCAGGUUGACUGCUGUGAUAAAGUUGGGAACACACCACUCCAUAUAGCGGCUAGAUACGGCCAUGAGUUGCUCAUCAAUACACUGCUGGAGAAUGGAUCUGAUCCUACUAGGCGUGGUGUACAUGGAAUGAUGGCAAUACAUGUGGCAGCCCUGUAUGGUCACAUGGACUGUGUUAGAAAAUUACUGUCUGUGAUGCCAGAAUUAGAUCUCAAUGUCCCUGAUGACUGUGGGAGGACUUGUCUACAUGCUGCUGCCUGUAGCGGGAAGGUAGACAAUGUAGAGAUGCUGAUUAAAGGUGGGGCCAAUGUGAACCAGGAAGAUACAGGAGGGAGAUUCCCGAUACACUAUGCAGCAGCCAAUGUGCACCAUGGCUGUGUAUUUUCUCUACUCAAUGCUGGCAGUGCUGUUGAUGUACAGGACCAUGCUGGCUGCACACCGUUACAUUUUGCUGCUGCAGCUGCUGCUGAUGAUGAUGCAAAGGUAUUAGAAUUGUUGUUGAAACAUGAAGCAAGGCCAGGUAUAUCAGACAAUCAGGGCUACAAUGCAAUCCAUUAUGCAGCUUUAAAGGGACACAGAUUAGCACUUGAAAUGUUGCUUGAUGUCUCGGCAAUAAAUCUGGUUAAGGGGGAAGCACCAUACUCACCUGCCCAUCUUAGUGCAUCAAGGGGACAUAAUGAAGCACUCCAUGUAUUACUAGCAUGUAUCAUGAACCUAGAUAUCAGAGAUGUCAAUGGGAGAACCAUGUUAGAUCUUGCAUGUUUUAAUGGUCACACAGAAUGUGUAGAGACUUUAUUACUCCAAGGUGCCACAAUCAUUGUACAUGAUAACAUUUCACGCAGAACUCCACUUCAUGCUGCAGCUAUAAAUGGUCAUACAGAAUGUUUACGAUUACUGAUGGAGACGGCAGAUGAUAAUAAUAUUGUAGAUGUCAAUGAUGCUAGAGAUAGAACUCCACUAAUGUUAGCCAUUGAGAAUGGUCAUGUGGACACAGUUUUAUAUCUGAUAGCAAAUGGUGCCAUAGUAAAUGCCUGUGAUAUUCAGGGUCGCACAGCUCUUCAUAGAGGGGCUGCAAAUGGACAUGAGGAAUGUGUAGAUGCCUUGUUACAUAAUGGUGCUGAUAUAUCUGUACAGGACCAUAAGGGACGUACGGCCUUACACCUCUCUGCCAUGUGUGGACAUGUAGGACUCCUAGGGUCCAUGUUGCUGAUGGGACCAUUAGAAAAACUUCAUGACAGACAAGGCUAUACACCCCUCCAUUUUGCUUGUUAUAAUGGUCAUGAAGCCUGUGUGGACCUGUUGCUGGAGAAUGAAGAGCAUAGACAAUUCUCAGGAAACUCUUUUUCACCUCUACAUUGUGCUGUGUCCAAUGGUAAUGAUAGUUGUACAGAGUUAUUGCUGGAUAUAUUAGGAGAUACUAUAGUUAAUCUGCAGGACGCUAAGGGCAGGACCCCAGUCCAUGCUGCAGCUUACAGGGACCAAGUAGAAUCUUUACAAUUAUUAUUGAGUCAUAAUGCCCUUGUAAAUACAAUUGAUAACUUUGGUAGAACCCCAGUGAUGUUAGCAGCUUCUCAAGGUCAUUUAGCAUCUGUUGAAUUAUUGGUACAGAAUAAAGCAGAUUUGAGUAUUGCUGAUGAGUCACAGAAUACAGCUUUGCACUAUGCAUGUAUGAAUGAUCAUGAGGAUCUGGCGUUGUUGAUACUUGAUAAAAUAGAUGACUCCAAUGUAAUUAAUAAAGCUAAUCAGGAUAUGAAAUCUGCCCUUCAUAUAGCAGCUAAACAAGGUUUAACACCAGUAGUUCAAGAUUUAAUUGCUAAAGGAGCCAGUCUUACUACUGUAGAUAAUAAAGGCUACUCUCCGGCUCUCUGUUGUGCUCCGAAUGAUCGUGUAGCCGACUGUCUAGCCAUUAUAUUAGCUCAUAUGUCUUUUGCACCAUCCAUGUCAAGUACCUUCAUUCGAUCUAGAAACGAGAAUACUUCAGGAUUUGGGGGGACGAGGACACUUGAAACUCCGACUGAGAGCAGCUCAAAAGACCAAAGUCUUCAAAGUUCCGACUCAGAAUUCUACUAACACAGCUUUGUUUUGUUUACAUAUUAUUUAUAUUUAGAGAAUUAUUUACCGGUACUGUAUUUAGCAACGAUUUUUAUGCUUUUUUAUUUUGCUUGUUAAUAGGUUUAAAGGAUCUCUGUUUCUUAUAGCAGUUUUGUUUUUUGCCUCAAUAUUGGAGGAGCUGUAAUAGAUGUGUCCUUGUUUUUUGUAAAACUUUCAUUAUGUCCCUAAAAUUUCAUUGUCUGACCAUUUGUAAUUUGGAAAUCUGAGUCAGAAGACUACUAUCCUUGAUAUGUGCAUGUUAUCCAGAAAGCAGAUCCCAAGGCACAAAAAAUGUUCUCUCUGACCAGUUGACAGAAGACAUUGUGGCUGAAAUCAUUUGCCCUCCACAGUAGAGUCAUGUGGAGAAGUUGUAAGCUACUCGGUGGAGAACUAGUCAGUACUGAUGUAGAAUCCGGAACUUAGUUGGUUUAACUGACCACCGUUGCAAAUUGGAAUACUUUUUUUUUU